GCACCUUCACGAUUAAACACGUGUGGCCGGCGGAUUUAAUAAAUAAAAACGCAUUCGGCAUUUUAGUGUAUUUUUCGUCUUAAAUAAUUGACGAGUUUGUACGAUGGCCCGUGGAAAGAAACAGAAUCCCUUUGCAGCACGCAAGCGACAAAAGCGAGAAAUCGGAAAUCCGCCAGAUCGUCGCUCGGAGCCGUACAAAGAGAUUGAGCGCGACAAUGCCUGCUUCAUCAAGUACUAUCAGCUGCAACGCAUUUGCGCCAACGAAGAGGAGUGGAGGCAAUUUCUGGAGAAGAUUCGCGACAAUUUGCCGGUCACAUUUCGAGUGACGGGCUUCAAGGACGAGGCAAAGGCGCUGCUGAAGAUCAUCGAGACGCAAAUGUUUGCCGAAUACGUGCGCGGAGCUGCCGAGCUCAAUGGCCUGCCCGAGGAGCAAGUGCAGCGUCCACUGUGCCUGCCUUGGUAUCCCAAUGGCAUGGCCUAUCAGUUGAAUUUAACACGCAAGGAUAUACGACGCUCCGAGUCGAUGCAUCGCCUGCACAACUUUCUCAUUGUGGAAACGGCGGCGGGCAACAUCAGUCGCCAGGAAGGCGUCUCCAUGAUUCCACCCGUGGUGCUCGAUGUCCAGCCGACGGACAAAGUGCUCGAUAUGUGUGCGGCGCCCGGCUCGAAGACGGCACAGUUGAUAGAGGCGCUUCAUGCGGCACCCGAGGAGCACAAGAUCCCACCCGGUUUUGUGCUGGCCAACGAUGUGGACAACAAUCGCUGCUAUAUGCUGGUGCAUCAGGCCAAGCGCCUGAAUUCGCCGUGUCUACUGGUGACCAAUCACGACAGCAGCUUCUUCCCCAACAUGCUGCAAACCGAUCCCGCCACGGGCAACAAAUCGAUCCUCAAGUUCGACAAGAUCCUGUGCGAUGUGCCGUGCUCCGGCGAUGGAACGCUGCGCAAGAAUCCCGACAUCUGGCUGAAGUGGAAUCUCGCCCAGGCGUACAAUCUGCAUGGUGUCCAGUAUCGCAUCGUGCGACGUGGAGCCGAAAUGUUGGAGGUGGGCGGACGUCUCGUUUACUCCACGUGCUCGAUGAAUCCCAUCGAGAAUGAGGCCGUGGUGCAACGGAUCAUCAAGGAUUCGGGUGGUGCACUCGAGCUGGUGAAUGCCUCGCAACUGGUGCCGGGACUCAAGUACAAUCCAGGCAUGACCGAUUGGCAGCUGGCUACCAAGGAGGUGGAUGCAGUGUUCAAAACAUUCGACGAGGUCCCCGAGAGUCUGCACACGAUCAUCCGGCCAUCGAUGUUCCCGCUGCCCGCUGAGGAGAUGACUGCGAUUGGCAUCGAGAAGUGCAUGCGGAUUCUCCCCCACAUGCAGGACACUGGAGGAUUCUUUGUGGCGGUGAUUGAGAAGCGACGAGCGUUGAGUUUCGAGCAGAAUGACGUGAAGGAUUUGGAGAAGAAAGUCGAAGAGAAGGAGGAACAGCCUAAGGAAGACAAUCCCGAGGCGGAACAAAAGUCCGCUCCGUGGGGACCACAACGGAAGCGACGUCGUCUGCACGGCUUCAAGGAGGAUCCAUACAUAUUCUUUGGCGAAAAGGAUGCCGACUACGAUUCGCUGCAGGAGUUCUAUCAGCUCGACGGGAGCUUCAACAAGCGGUGUCUGCUCACACGCUGUCAGUCGGAUCGCAAGAAGAACAUUUAUUACUGCUCGGAGGCGAUUCGUGAUCUGGUGCUGAACAACGAGCACAACAUCAAGAUCAUCAACACGGGCGUCAAGACUUUCGUCCGCUGCGAGAAUCGCCACACUCAGAAUCCCUAUCGACUCGCCCAGGAAGGAUUGCAGACCUCCAACGGUUUCAUUGGCAACUGUCGUCGCAUUCAAGUGGAGCGCGACGAUCUCGUCUUGCUUCUCAACUGCACCGAUCCCACGAAGCCGCCGUCGACGCACGAGCUCAAGCAGGUGACGCAGGAUCGCUGCAAAGAGUUGUGCGUGGGCAGCUGUAUCCUCAAGUAUGUGGACGAAUCCUUUACGCUCUUCAUUGUCGGCUGGCGUGGAACUUCGAGUCUUCGUGCCUAUGUGGCCAAGGAUGAAACCGUUCACAUUCUGCGACUUCUCGGCGCCGAUGUCAGCAAAUUUGAGAUCAACAAAUACGAAAAGGCAAAGGAGGCAGCAGCAGCAGCCGCUGAAGCAGCUAAUGGAGCUGAUGGGGAGCAAAAGGAGGAAGAGAACGAACCAGAGACGGAAGCGGAAGCGAAGCCGGAAGAGACGCAGCAGGUUGCCAUGGAGGUCUAGACAACGAUGCCGCAGUAUAUAGCAUUUAGUCCUUAAGCAUAAUUAUUCCUGUGUAUCGAAUGUUGUGAUCCUUGAGAUGAAUUACAGACGAUUCUUUGUUCAAGCGA